CUUGCACAACUGCUUCCGGUCGGUAUUUCUUUCCAGAUUUUUGUUAGUUUUUGCAAGAUUGUAGUGUAUUUAGAAUAUAAGUGAAGUAGACAUCACAUCAAAAUGCCUAAGGACAGUAUCCGCGAUAAUCUGGAGGGAAAUGAACUGGACUUGAGUCUCAGUAACCUCACAGUAGUACCUGUGAAAGAAAUGUUACAACUUAGAAAGGCGACACACAUAGAUAUGUCCUGUAAUCUUCUGUCAGUGAUUCCUGAUGACUUUGUUAAGAUGGAGUGGAUUGUGAAGCUGGAUUUGAGCAAGAAUAAUAUCACUAGGCUGCCUGAAGAUAUAGGCAACUUACAGAAACUACAGCAUCUGGAUUUGUUUAAGAAUAAACUCCAGGCCCUCCCAGUAAGCAUGUGUCACCUUAAAAGUCUGAAAUGGCUGGAUGUGAAAGACAACCCCCUUGAUGAGACUAUGAAGAAAGUUGCUGGAGACUGUUUAGAUGAUUUACAGUGCAAGACAUGUGCUAAGAGGGUGGUUGUAUUCAUGAAGGAUGUGCAGUCAGAGCAGGAGAGGAAACGACAGAAAAGGUUACAGGAACAAAGAGAACUAGACGAAAAAAAGAAAAUAGAAGAUGAGAAACUAAGACAACAGAAAAAGUUAGAAAAGGCAGCCGAAAAAGAACGCAAACGUAAAAUUUUCCUUGAGGAACAAGAAAAGAAGCGCCAGGAAGAACUUGAGGCUGCAACUGACCAAUACCAUGAUGCAAAUGAGACAAAGAUGAAUGGACAUUUACAGAAGUCAUCCAGUGGGAAAACAGGAGGUUUAUCAUGCUGUGGAAUACUAUUCGGGCUAUUAUUUGGUCUGAUCGCAAUAUUUGCCAGUGCCUAUGUAUACUGUGAAGUAAAAAACACUAUGCCAGCCUGCGUAGAAGGUCGUGUUAAAGUCAUGCAAUAUAUUGAACUUGUUCAAAUCAAAACUUUGGAUCUAGUUCAACAUAUCAAGGAUAAAAUGAAAUAAAUUUCAAAGUGACUUUAAAAAUGGUUUGGGAAUUUCUCGUAAAAAUGUGAUGAAUAGUUGCAAUGGCAUUCAAUAAGUUUAUCAUCAGAGAAUUUUCAGAUAAACUUUUUGAACACCCUGUACAUGUAUGUUUAUGUUGGUGGAAUUGUUAUGCAUUUCAAAAAUGUAUUCAGAUAGGUAUUAUCACAGGGACUAUCCAGGCUCCGCUGACAUCGAAAGCAAUGAGCUCAUGUUAGAAGCGGGGCCUUGAGAGAUAUGAUACAAUUGAAUUUUUCUACGAAACUUUAGUAUUAAGUGAAACUCUGUACAGCUUUAUUUCAUAGUACAAUGGCUAUUUCAAUUGCAGGGCAAUGCCAUUAUUCAACU